AUGAGAUAUAUUUGCAAUGUCAGUAUCGAAUACCUCACUGCAAUGGGUAUCUACGCAUAAAGACGAACUUGCUAACCAAAUCAAAUCAAUGUUCAAACCAUCGUUUCAACAUGCUCCUUACAUUGGGAUUAGCGCAAUUUCUCGUCUUCAACAUCAUUAUCGGUGCCAUUGAGAGUAGAGGAACUCCUUACGUGGACACCCAGAACGGUAGAAUCUUUGGCAGAACCAUCGAAGUCUCACCCUGGCAGUUACCAGAGGGUGAGACCAUAGCGGUCGAGGCAUACACCAAGAUUCCCUAUGCCGAACCUCCUGUGAAAGAGUUGAGGUACAAACAUCCCGUCAAGAAAGUUUGGACCGGAGAACUGGAUGCCACCAAAUCAAAUGUUGCUUGUCCCCAAAUCCAACUGAAGGGAUUCACUGUAGAAAUGGAAGAGACGGAGGAUUGUCUGUACUUAGAUGUCUUUGUUCCAACACCACGGCAAAAUUCAGUCCCCGUAAUGGUGUGGAUACAUGGAGGGGCCUUCUUUUCAGGCGCCGGCUCUGUACCUGAACAACUUCCAAUACCCCUGGCAUUCUAUGGAGAAGUCAUUGUCGUAACUUUCAAUUACAGACUUGGAAUUCUGGGAUUCUUGCACACAGGUGAGGGACUCGGAGGAAUUCCAGCCAAUCUUGGGCUAUUCGAUCAACUAGAAGCACUCAAGUGGGUUCAAGAAAACAUAGCAGCAUUUGGAGGCGAUCCAGCACGUGUAACUAUAUUUGGAGAAAGUAUGGGAGGUGCAAGUGUAAAUGCUCAUUUAAUCUCACCACUCAGUGUUGGACUUUUCCAACAUGCUAUUAUACAGAGUGGAAGUGCAUUGAUGAACUUUGGUACAACUACUGAUCUUAUCGACAACACAUUCAAGUUUGUUAAAGACGUCGGAUGUGAUAACAGCAAUAUCAAGGAUCUUAUGGAUUGUUUGAGAGAAAAAUCUUGGAAAGAACUGAUAGAUGGAUAUCACAUCUCGUUUCCAGAGGAAGGUCGUGUACGGCUCUUCUCAGUUGUCGAUGGCCACUUUUUUCAUGACACAACGCUGAAUCUGAUGAAAAAGGGACAUCUUAAUGUUGAUGAUGUCCUCCAUGGGGACAUGCUCAACGAAGGGAUCUGUUUCUUUCUGUUCAUCGGUAUCGCUACGAACGAGGAUACUCCACCUCCUGUCAUAACUCUCGAGGAAAUGAAGAACGUACUUGCUUCGUAUUUCAAGAUCGACGACCCGUUCAUUCAAGAUAUGAUUGCAUUUGUUCACUCCGACUCGGAACACUUGACAGGGAGAAAAACCAACUACUUUAAGGAGUUGGCAGACGUUUUAUCUACCCUUGUCAGCUGCUCCAUCGUUUCGUUCUCAGAUCUGAUUUCACAAACGAAUAUUACUGCCUACCGCUACGUCAUGACACACAUACCCUCACACGCAGCCGUUGGUCCUCUGAAAUGGGCAGGAGCAACUCAUAUAGAGGACAUCCCUUAUGUCUUCGGUAGCCCUCUACUGCGUGGUAGAGAAGAAGGACCCAAAGGCAUGUCCGGAUUCUUCAAUGGGGCCGAGGAGGCUGGCUUGUCAAGACAGUUCAUGAGAUACUGGUCUAACUACGCCAAAACGGGGAAUCCCAAUUUAUCAUCUCUAGAUCCUGAGAUUGUCAACAAUCCGCUUGGUCUUGAAGAGUGGCAACCAUUUACAAAUGAACAUCCUUACUAUAAGGAAUUAGAAUCUGGAUUCCCAACGAGAGAAGGUGCGGUGAAUGCCAAGAAUUGUCACUUUUGGACCAGUAUCUUGCCCAAGAUGGUAGCCCAAUCACAUGAGCUUUCUAAGCUGAAGACAGUGUUAGCCGACCAAGUAGCUGGUCACGGUAGUGGUACCUGCAGCGGUGACUCUUGUCCAGAUCCAUGAUACAUCACAAGGAUUCAUUCAGAGUCAGGCUUGCAUGGGGCCGGGCAAGAAAUCAUCACAGAGGAACAUGGGCAGUAGUUGACGUCUGAUGUAAACUACACUGUAAAAAUCUGAAUUAGUAGUUAACACUUAAUAGUAGAUUUUAUUAUUUGUGAUUAUUUCUCGAUUUUCUUUUCUGUAGGCCUAGAUUUAACUUGUCUUUUCAAUUACUUGAUUUACUUGAUUUAUUUGGGUUCUAUAUACAUGUACAUUUACGAAAAUUCACGUAUUGGAAGCUUGCUUUGAUUUAGUAAAUUUAACUCAAUUCGGCAAAUAUAAAUAUUACUUAUAAAAUUAUGUUAAAUGUACUUACAUUUUCAAUUUACGACUUAUCUAAAUAAUAUAUGAAUAUUCAUUAAGAGCAUGUAAAUGUUAUAAUUUCUCAAAUAACUGUCGUAUCUAUUUGUGUUUCAAAUUGUUUUGGAUUAGGGUAAGUGAACUUUUUUCAAUCAAAGAAAGAGCAACGUUAAAAAGUCACUUAUACGAAAAUUUCAAACAUCUGUUUCGGUUUUCAGAUUCUAGAUCAUCAACCAUAGCCAGGUUGACAAGAACGAAGUCUUUAAUAGAACAAGAUUCAAUGUAACAAGUUUAAUCUUAACGGAGAUGGAACAAUCGAUAUCAAAACCGAAGGUGGCCCAUCACUGUAAAGAGCGGGUGGGGAUCUGUAUACACUUCAAACUAUUCUCCAUUAAUCAUAUUGUAAUUUUCUUAUUAGAGAUGCAACUUGAAUAUAACCAGGAAUACAAUUGUAAAAAGAAAAAUGACGAUAGUUGAGCAUACAGAGAUGGAAUAAUUUGUGGCAUUAAAACCGAAUGUUAUAAUAGUGAGUGGGUGAUUUCAUCACCUUGUAGAUACAUUGAUCAUAACUUGUUAUUCAUGAUGUAGACACCGAUAUUAAAUAUGAACCAUAAACAUUAACUAAAUAAUGGAUAUUUCAUACAUAAAACAUUCUUUCAACUUUUCUGUGGUACAACCACUGGAGUAUAGAUAGGGGGCUUGGAGAGCCCUUGCCUCCCCCCCAAAAAAAAAAUAUUAACGUCAAAAAAAGAGAAAAGAAAAGAAAAGAAAG